CCCUCCACGAAAGAAUAUGGGAGUUUAUACUACAGUAAUUGCACCAGCAUGCAUUGCUUUGAUCCUAUUUUUUCAGCAGUGCCGCACCUGGAUUCAAAGACGGAGUGUUGAAGCAAAGGCUAGCGCCUCUGGCUGUGGAGAUGUUCCUGUUAUGCCUAACAAGCUACCAGGUGGUAUAGAGCGCUACUUGGUGCGAUUCAGUUUGAAACUCGAUAAGCUCGAUUUUUCUGAAGAUGUAGCUCGAAGGCCUUUCACUCGCAUGGGAAGAUACACAUACCGCAGCAACACGCUAUUCUCGAAUCCGACAAUCUAUACCGCUGAGCCUGCCAACGUUCAAGCUCUUCUAUCCACCCAAACGAGCGACUUCGAAUACGGGUCUUUCCGCGAAGAUAGCUUGAAGGAAGUUAUCGGUCAUGGGAUCUUUACAACUGAGGGUCCUAGUUGGAAGCGUUUCCGUCGUCAACUCAAGCCUCACUUUUCUCGUGAGAAUGUCAGCAACUUGGAGGACCUGAAGCAUCACUUUCACACUCUUGGAAAAGUAUUUCCAGAUAUCCACGAUGAAUCUGGAUGGUUAAGCACUGCAACUGACGUGGUACCUCUGUUUUCACGAUUUGCCACGGACACGAGUACUGAGCUACUAUUUGGAGAAUCUGCGAAUAGCCAGACACGAGCUAUGAUAGGAUCUUCAGUACAAGACGAGUCGGAAUUUUCCUCCGCCCUAGACUACGUAUUGUCGUACAUAAUUUGGCGUGCUCGUAUGGAUUUUCUUGGGUGGCUCUUACCUUCAGGCAAAUUCCGACGAUCAAUUGGGACAAUACACAACUACGUCUCCCGUUACGUUGAUUCCGCGUUGAAUAAAGAGCCCUUAACAAGAUCAAAGGACAAAACCGUACUGCUGGAAGAACUUAUUGCCCAAACCCAAAGUCCUACUGAACUACGAGAUCAGAUCUUGCAGCUGUUCAUUGGGGGCCGGACUCCUACUGCCGCCCUUCUGAGUCAUGCAAUGCUGUUCCUUGCCCGAAACCCACAGCAAUAUGCCGAAGCCCGCGCAAAAGUACUUGGUUUCUUUCGAUCCGACGACGAGUUGACAUUCGAUUCGAUCAGAGAAUGCAAGCUCCUGACCUACAUUCUGUAUGAAACGAUGCGUCUGCUUCCACCGACUGCCCUGAGUUUGCCUCGCUGCGCGAAGAGAGACACGACUUUGCCAUGUGGUGGAGGCCCAGACGAGACACAACCCAUACUCGUUCGUCGGGGUGAGUUCGUACGCUUCUCGCACUACACUAUGUAUCGCCGGCCAGACAUCUGGGGAUCUGACGCGGAGGAAUUCCGACCCAUGCGAUGGGAGGGAAGGAGCAUAGGAGCCGAGUAUAUACCUUUCUCGAUGGGUCCGCGUAUUUGCCUUGGUCAGCAAUUGGCGCUCAAUGAAGCAAGAUAUGUCCUCGCACGCAUGCUGAUGAUGUUCGAUCGAAUAGAACAUGUCGAUGCACAUCUUCCAAUAAAGACUAAGUUUUCCCUGGUUACAGCUGUGCAAAACGGCGUAAGGUUAAGAAUGCACAGAGCCGCAGAUGUAGAAGGCUUUGCUUAGAUAACCCGUAAUCUAGCAAGAAGGUUCAUCAUAGCUACGGACAUUACAAGGGCGGGCCCACCCUAGGAUCAGCUAUCAAACCUUAUUUAAGGCUUUAUAUCCUGUCUAGAUCUCAUGAAUAGCGGUUUCAAACUGUUUUAAGAUGCUAUAUAAUGUACCAUUAAAGUAAAAAGAGCAGUUAACACUAUAUUCUUAGGUGGGCCUUUCCCUGUGAUGGAACCAGCAAGAUCAGGUCACGUGCGCACAAGCUUUGAGUAUUAGCAGAGUGAGUCAUAAGAAUUCAAUGUGAGCAAACUGGUAGCCGCAUCCAUUUGUAUAUCAAGAAUGAUUCUCGUAAUGAAUAAGUGGCUACGCCGCUUACGAUGAAUUGCCAUGCAAACUCGCGUGUCGACAUCGCUGUAACUGCCAGUGGCUGACUAAAUAAGAAGCUGACCGUUUUUUUUAUCGAACUUGCAAACAGUUAGGUUGAUCCUUUCUAAAUUCUCUAGGGUUGUUACUUGGCUGUGCAUCGAACUCCCACCAGUAAAUACUCCAACUGAACUAGACAGCCUCGGCAAUUACAUCCUCGAGCUUAGCUGCACAGCCUCGAAGAAGAUCGUGUGCGCCGAGGCUUGACCUUAUCUAUAUACCGGUUUCAUCUCUUCAACAAAUAAUACGUUCCUUUGAUUACCAUGGAUUGCACGCGUUAUAGGCAAGUUCCUUUAAGCGUCGAAGAGAGCGUCCGCUAUACCACUACCUGUGUGGCAAACACGGGCCUAAAAACUGCUCACCAUUGUGGUUUAACGAGCAGUCGUCUGCAUUGUGUGAUGGUCGACGUUCAGAGAUAGCGCCGAAGCUUCGCUUUUAUGUUAAGGUCGCAAACCAUGUU